CAGCAUCAUCCGACGAGCUGCUCACGAUCUUCUCUCCAUCUCCAUACGGAACGAUUCCAGCCACCAAAAACAUCCUCCUCAUCCUCCCCCACCACCACAACUGCUUCUGGUUCUUCUGUUUCAUCCUACCAGCAUUAUCCUUGUCAUCUUCUUCCACCACCCUUGAUCCAAUUACUUUGUAUCUGGCCUUCUGGCGACUCUCGGUUCAUUGUUCACGACACCCCGACUAUGUGAUUUCUCAAGCAACACUUAUUUCGCGUCGUUAUUCCGCUCGAAUCGACCCUCCCACCUCCCCACCUUCGUUUUCCGCUGUACUUUGACCUCCGACAUGCCCUUGUCAUAACAUCAUUUUCCAAUUGUCAACCGAGUGCUUAAAGAGGUAUAUUCUGCCAGGUACCUGCGCUCUCUCUCCGACCGGUCACCCGUCUGCGCGACAUCCGCGCUGGAGGAUGAACUCACUCAACCUCAUCUCAUCCCGGGUCAUCGGACAAAGCCCAACACCCACACGUCCUCGUUCGAGAUCCCAAGGCGAGCCGCUCAAGAGAGGUUACGGUGAAGAUCAUCAUAGGGGAAGAUCAUACAGCGACGACCGUACAGCUCAGAUCAAACACGAGAGCGAUGGUGAACUGUCGGACAUCCUGGGUGCGUCACCCUCUGCGGACGAUGAGGAUGUUCCAAUUAAGGACGACGAGGAGCAGGAGCCGCUGCUAGGCCAUGACGAAAAGGCAGCUUUGGCAAACGAAUCCCAUGGCUGGCGGGCAUUCGUGAAGAGACUGACAGACGCUAUAACUGCUAUCCUGACUGCCAUUGGAGCCCCCAUUGUCUAUGUCGCCAGAUACCUGAGAGACCCAGAUGGCAAGCUUUCCCCGGCACCACGAUGGCGGCGACGAGAUCGAAUCUCCAGUAGCACUACAGCUGGAGCCAAUGGUCUUGCCGGUGGUACCCAUGAUAGCACCUGGAGCUUGGAGAAGCCCACGCACCGCGCACUGCAGGAUACCAAACUACGACACUCUUACUCGUCCGACUCGAUGAACACCACGUCGGAUUCGGACUCUGAGCUCCGGAAGGCCGAGAAAGCUUCGCGGAAGAUCAAACCGAAGAGGGAGAAGAGCGGACGCGAGGAGUCAGAAACACGGAGAUCGUCUAUUCGUAUCAAGGAACAGACCGACCCUGCCUUGAAGCGACGCAGGCAAAAGAAAGCUGCAAGUCCACUGGGUGACAACGGCACUUUGACUGUCGACAGCAUCAAGUCACCAACUUCUCCUUCCCCAUCACUUAAGAUAACGCGAUACCCGCAUGCGCCACAUCCACCAAGACCUCUCAUCCCGCGAAGGCAACCCUCAUAUGCCAACCUUGUUCCCCGUCCACCUACCCGUGGUUCGGCACCAUUACAGCAAAAGACGUUGAUUCUAGAUCUCGAUGAAACACUCAUCCAUUCUCUGGCUAAGGGCGGUCGCAUGUCUUCUGGUCAUAUGGUCGAAGUGAAGUUGAACGUGCCUGUUGCUCUCAGUUCACCCCAGCCUGGCCAGGUCGCCUCGGUUCUGGGACCACAACAUCCCAUCCUGUAUUACGUGCACAAACGACCCCAUUGUGACGAGUUCCUCCGCAAAAUCUCCAAGUGGUACAAGCUCGUCGUCUUUACUGCUUCGGUCCAGGAAUAUGCAGAUCCCGUCAUUGACUGGCUAGAGCAAGAGCGUAAAUAUUUUGUCGGGCGGUAUUAUCGACAGCAUUGUACUUUCAGAAACGGAGCUUACAUCAAGGACCUGAGCAGCAUCGAGCCAGAUUUGAGCAAGGUGAUGAUUCUGGAUAACAGUCCAGUCAGUUACAUUUUCCACGAAGACAACGCGAUACCGAUUGAGGGAUGGAUCAAUGAUCCGACGGAUAAUGAUUUGCUCCAUUUGAUACCCAUGUUAGAGGCUUUGCAGUACGUGACGGAUGUGAGGGCUCUGCUAGCCCUUCGACGAGGAGAGGCAGACGCAGCCUCGUAGAUUUGUCGUUAUGUUGGUAUACUCUAGAGGGCUGUAAUCACAAUGUACUACAUCGCAUCA